CAGUCGUAUCGGCACAAUUCUCAGCAUCGGCCGUCAUGUCGAGUGAUCCGGAUAUCGCAAGGUACUUUGAGAUCGCGAAAGAACUCACACUUCAAGCUGGUCAGAUAAUCAAAUGUCAUUGCGAGGAAGAAAAGGUUGUAUAUGUAAAAAAUAAAAAUGAUUUUGUAACCGAUUUUGAUAACAAAAUUGAGAAACUAUUUUUUGAUAAUUUGUCCAAGGAAUUUCCUAAUCACAAGAUUAUUGCAGAAGAAGCGGCAGCUAAAAUGCUGGAAAUGCCAGAAUUGACAGACGCACCGACGUGGUUUAUCGAUCCGAUUGACGGAACAACCAACUUCAUACACUCGUUUCCUCAGUUUUGCAUAUCCGUAGGUUUGAUGAUCUGUAAAGAGCUUGUCCUAGGCAUUAUCUAUAAUCCUAUGCACUCGGAGUUCUACAGCGCGAUAAAGGGCAAAGGUGCUUUUCUCAAUGGAAAACCGAUUUGCUGCUCUAAAGUUACCGAAUUGAAGGAAGCACUGAUAGGGCUCGAGACGUCAAUUGCACUCGUAAUUUCAGUAGGAGCGAACAAAGACAUAUAUACAGGCAGGAUAAAUGCCUUGGUCGAAAUUACGCAGGGGGUGAGAAAUAUCGGAUCAGCUGCGAUGGCCAUGGCUUACGUGGCACGGGGUGCGUUAGACUCUUUUCAUUUAGAUGACCUCAAACCAUGGGAUGUGGCAGCAGGAACGUUGAUUAUACGUGAAGCGGGUGGGAUUGUUAUAGAUACGAAAGGUGGUGAAUAUAAUGUUAUGAAACCAAAAACUAUAGCAGCAUCAAGCGAAACUCUAGCACGAGAGCUAUCUAAAUUUAUUAUUGAUAUUGAUUUAAAAACGCAAAGAAAAAGACUUAAGAGAACCUGAGAUAAGGCAUAAAAUGACUCAUUAAUUAAUUCAAAAGCUGAGUAUAAAGCAGAAGGAGACGCAGCACAAGAGGAAACAUAUAGCUAUCACGUAAUAUAAGGAAAUUAUUUAUAAAAACCAGUCUAAAGGAGUUUCCGUUGAAAAGUCUCAUUGACGCAUUUACAAGUGUCAUGUAAAACCCGAUUGCGUUAAUCAGUGUGCCAUUACAAUGCUGUGAAAGGAAAGUAAUAUAAUCUUUUCCAGUUUUCUUAAUGUUUGAUUUUUCUAUUGUCAUUGUUAUAAAUAAAAUAAAAUUUUUAUGAAACGCAAA